UGUCACAAGUCACAACUCACAAGUGACAACCCAUCAGGCAUCAGCCAACCUGACAUGAAAGAUUGAAAGAGGAGUAAUCACUAAUCAACGAUAUUUUUGGUGUUGCGUGGGACGAUUCUGAUUGUAUUGUAUUUGGUUCCUGAAAUUGUUUCUGAUUUUUGGUGUUUAACUCUAGUCAACCCCCAUUAAGGGUAUAACAGUCGACACACUUCAUUGUUCAUUGAUCUUUAUUUCAAUCACUUCACUUUGCUCCAUCUGCAUUCUCAAUUGGGUACUUGAGUUCCCAUCAGUUCUUGCUGCAUUGAGAUCCUGACGUUUUAAUCGAGAGUAGGAAUGUGGAAGUUGAAGAUAGCAGAAGGGGGUAACCCAUGGCUAAGGACUACAAACAAUCAUGUUGGAAGACAAAUUUGGGAGUUUGACCCAGAACUUGGAACUCCUGAACAGAUUCGAGAGGUUGAGGAGGCUCGUGAAAACUUUCGGAAGCACCGUUUUGAACAAAAGCACAGUUCUGAUUUACUCAUGCGAAUACAGUUUGCCCAGGAAAAUUCAGGUAAUGUUGUCUUACCUCAAGUCAAAGUAGAAGAUGAAGAUGAAAUAACGGAGGAAACUGUUGUCACCACCCUAAGAAGGGCUCUCAGCUAUAAUUCCACUCUCCAAGCACAUGAUGGGCACUGGCCUGGUGAUUAUGGUGGUCCUAUGUUCCUGAUGCCUGGCUUGGUAAUUGCUUUGUCGGUUUCUGGAGCUCUGAAUGCAGUCUUGUCAAAAGAGCAUCAAAAAGAAAUGCGUCGUUACCUCUACAACCAUCAGAAUGAAGAUGGCGGGUGGGGUUUGCACAUUGAAGGUCAGAGUACCAUGUUUGGUACCGUCUUGACCUAUGUUACCUUAAGGUUGCUUGGUGAAGGAGCUGAUGAUGGUGAUGGAGCAAUGGAGAGAGGACGUAAAUGGAUUUUGGAACAUGGAAGUGCUACUGCUAUCACAUCGUGGGGGAAGAUGUGGCUUUCAGUGCUUGGGGUUUUCGAAUGGACUGGAAAUAAUCCAAUGCCUCCAGAGUUAUGGCUUCUACCAUAUAUUCUUCCUAUCCAUCCAGGAAGAAUGUGGUGUCACUGUCGAAUGGUUUAUUUGCCUAUGUCAUACUUAUAUGGAAAGAGAUUUGUGGGUCCUAUCACUCCAACAGUUUUAUCAUUGAGAAGGGAGCUGUACAAUGUCCCGUAUCAUGAAAUUGAUUGGAAUCAAGCCCGUAAUGAAUGUGCAAAGGAAGAUCUGUAUUAUCCACACCCCUUGGUGCAGGAUAUCCUUUGGGCAUCGCUUCACAAGGUCGUUGAACCGAUUUUGAUGAGAUGGCCAGGUAAAAGGUUGAGAGAAAAGGCACUCUCCACUGCCAUGGAGCACAUACACUACGAAGAUGAGAAUACUCGAUAUAUAUGCAUCGGGCCUGUAAACAAGGUGUUAAAUAUGCUUUGUUGUUGGGUGGAAGAUCCAAAUUCAGAGGCUUUUAAGUUACAUCUUCCCCGAAUUUAUGAUUUUCUUUGGAUUGCUGAGGAUGGCAUGAAAAUGCAGGGUUACAAUGGUAGCCAAUUAUGGGAUACUGGUUUUAUGGUUCAAGCAAUUUUAGCAACAAAUUUUGAAGAAGAAUAUGGUGCAACCCUUAGAAAAGCACAUACAUUUAUUAAAAAUUCGCAGGUUACGGAAGAUUGUCCUGGAGAUCUUAGUUAUUGGUAUCGCCAUAUAUCUAAAGGGGCUUGGCCUUUCUCGACUGCGGAUCACGGAUGGCCCAUCUCAGAUUGUACAGCAGAAGGAUUAAAAGCUGCUCUUUUACUAUCAAAACUUCCUUCGGAUAUAGUUGGUGAGCCAUCAGAAGUGAAGCGAUUAUAUGAUGCUGUAAACGUAAUUCUUUCUUUACAGAAUGAUGAUGGAGGGUUCGCAACAUAUGAACUUACACGAUCUUACCCUUGGCUAGAGUUACUAAACCCAGCUGAAACUUUUGGUGAUAUUGUCAUUGAUUAUCCUUAUGUUGAGUGUACUUCGGCUGCUAUUCAAGCCCUAGUAUCAUUCAAAAGAUUAUAUCCUGGUCAUAGGAGAGAAGAGAUAGAGAAUUGCAUAAAACAGGCUGCAAGGUUCAUCGAAAAGAUACAAGCAGCAGAUGGUUCAUGGUAUGGAUCCUGGGCAGUUUGCUUUACAUAUGGAACAUGGUUUGGGGUCAAAGGAUUGGUCGCAGCUGGAAAGAACUAUGAUACUUGCCCCAGCAUUCACAAAGCCUGUGACUUUCUGCUAUCUAAACAGCUUUCUUCUGGUGGCUGGGGAGAGAGCUAUCUAUCAUGUCAGAACAAGGUAUAUACAAAUAUUGAAGGCAACCAAGCUCAUGUAGUGAAUACAGGGUGGGCGAUGCUGACUCUUAUUGAUGCUGGACAGGCAAAAAGAGAUCCAGUGCCGUUGCACCGAGCAGCAAAAGUGUUGAUCAAUUCCCAAAUGCCAAAUGGAGAUUUUCCACAACAGGAGAUCAUGGGUGUUUUCAACAGGAACUGCAUGAUCACUUAUGCUGCGUACAGAAACAUCUUCCCGAUUUGGGCUCUGGGCGAAUAUCGCACUCGAGUGCUUCAGAUUCAAUGACCAUAUGCCCAUUCAUCAGAUAAUGUUCUUCACAAUGCUCUGUAUUGCUCAAGCCUUGAACAACUAAGUUAAUGUUCCCUUGCACUUCAACAAGAAGCUGCCAAAAUUUAAUGAGUUGUGGACAAAUACCAUCUUUCUAGCUCCAGUUAAUAUGAAAUUUGUUCACACUCGAAAGUGCACCUACCUAUAUUUGUUCACACUAGAUUUUUAAAUUCAACAACUGAGUAACUUAAGCUUCAA